UUUCGUUUGUAGGUUAGAAUAAACAGUAAGAUCGUUUAAAAAAGAUAAUUAUGAACUUCAUUUAAAAUUUAUGACGAAAGUAAAUUAAGAAAUAAUGUCUUUCAACGGAGUGAAUAUAUCAGUAGAAGCUCCAAUUGAAAAUCAAAUCCAGGAAAUUAGUUAUGACGGAGUUGAAAUCUACCAGCCUCCAUUGACACUGUCAGAAAGCUUAGCAAAAUAUGCCCAAAAAAUAGACUUUAGCAAAACUACAGACGCCGAUAUAAAGAAGGAAGAGCAGAAUGAAGAUGCAAAAUCUGAAAGUGAUUGUAAAGAUGGCUUUCAGUCUUCAGUGUGGCCAUGGGAUUCUGUAAGGAAUAAAUUAAGAAAUGCUCACCAAGAAAUAUGUGUUCUGGCAGAUGUGUUAUCCAUUGCUAAAGAAAAACGGUACAUGGUGUUGGAUCCUGUGCAACAAGAACCUUUGGAAACCAAACAAAUGGUUCAAAUUUAUGCUCGGAAAAAGGCAUUGGCAGGUGCCGCUAAUGUUUUACUGGCAGGAGCAGAAAAACUGAAAACAUCUCAAAAUGAAGCUGCAAGAAAUAGAACAGUACCAGAUUUUCACAUUGAAUUGCUGCGAUUGAGACAGAAUUGGAGAUUAAAAAAGGUUUCUAACACAAUUAUUGGAGAUUUAAGUUACAGGACUGCGGGAUCUAAAUAUCUUCAAGCUGGAACAUUUGAGGUUACAAAAGCUGAAGAUGAAGAUAAACCCAAUAGUCCUCCAAGUAGUCCAUUACCGAGUGGACCACCAUCAUCUAAACCUAGUAGUGCAUUGAAAGUGUCUAUACCUUCUGAAUUACAGGGAGUUGCUUACAUAGAGGUUUUAUGUCAAAAAGACCAAGAAGAUUUGUGUUCAGCAAACAUAAACCUUCUGGGUUCUGGACCACCAGCCUCCAAUCCAGAUAUGCAUUGGCAACAAAAACUAGAAGCGGCACAGAAUGUAUUGUUUUGUAAAGAAUUGUUCAAUCAAUUGGCAAAAGAAGCUGUGCAGUUGCAGGCCCCUAUUCCACAUAUGGUCGUUGGAAAUCAGAUUAUGGCAACAGUGUUGCCUGGGAUUCAGUUGAUCAUAGCACUGAGGCACUCUACCACUGCAGAUAAGAAACUUGAAAAACCAGCCCCUUCGAAAAGUGAACAUGAUCAUGUUUUGGAACAUUCCCUACACCAACUUCUGAGAGAGGUUCAUCACAAAAACACUCACCAUCCAUUCCCUCAUCCGGCUACAGGACCCUUGGGCCCAUCUAAAAAGAGAAUGAUGGCUGGCCCAAUGGCAGCGGAUCGCUACGAGUUGCUCGAGAUGACAAAGCAGGAAACCUUGCUCGAACAGAUUGUCAAACAGGCUCAGCACUUCAUCAUGCGCAUGCGCACGGAAUAUGUUUUGGACACGAUAGCCAAGGAGUUCAAAGAUCCUUUAAUUUCGUCUCAUUGGAACACUUUGAACAGCCCAACUCACUCGUGCGUCAAAAUCAACAUUUCUACUCAUGGAUAUGAUGCCGUGUGUCGCACGCCACUGGUUAUUCAUGUGGGCGAAAAAAGUCUUAAAUGUAUUUGCAGGGAUGGGAAAGUUAUGAACAUGAGCUAUGAACCGCAAGAACUAAGAGAUUUAAUCUUUUGCCACAUAAAUCAACAUCAAAUAUUGGCGGUGCAAGCUCUCGCUAAAACUAUGGGAUGGCAGGCUUUAGGGAACUCAAAUCACUUAGGCAAUGGCCCAGUGGAACCUUUGGGUAAUGCGAGUUCUUGCCUCUUAGCGUCUCCUACAGGAGACAGAAUAAUAGCGAUACGGUGUGAACCUCAAGCUAGUGGAAUACAGGUGUCAGUAGCUCACUCUCCUAGAACAGACUUUUUUCCAAGCCGGCUGGUCACAGAGAGGAAAUGGGAACAUCUCGGGGGUCAAUUCCGUGAUGUGAGAUUGGAUAAAAUGGAAGGAAAGAAUUUCCUGCACAAAAUGGAACUACUGAUGGCCAGUUUGACAAGCAACUCCUAAAAAACAAUUAAUUAGGGUUUAAACUAUAUUUAUAUAAAUUAAAAAGAUAAGGCAAACAUUUAUUAAUUUAGCUGUAACAAUUGUUAGCCAUUAAAUAACUUCUCCUGCAGAUAUUGCUGCCUUA